UUUGGAACAGUUCCGACAGACAACCAGAACAGACCUAUCCUUCAGCUAGUUCAGCUGUGUUUUGUUAUUUUACCGUGAAAUGACAACAAUUUCGAAAUUAAAUCACUGAAACAUAAUGUAGUUGAGAAUUGCCAGAUUAUAUAUGUCGAGUCUGAUUUUAUUCAAGUUAGAUCCGAAAUCUUAACACCCCACCCCUUUAUCUUUAAAAACAGAUCUCUGGUUUUUUUGAAUACAUUUGGUGAAAUGCAUUUGAUGAAAACGAUUUGAUAUGGCUUUACCUGGACGCAGCAAUAGGGGUUCUUGUUACUGGUGUUUUAUAGUAGUCAAAUGGAUUCCAGUUUUAUUCAUUUUGACUAUAGUCUUGUGGUCCUAUUAUGCCUAUGUUGCCCAGUUGUGUCUAUUGACAGUGGAUGAGGUCCCCAGGAAAACUAUCUACUUAAUCGCUUACCAUGUUUUCUUUCUCAUGUUCUGCUGGUCAUACUGGCAAACUAUUUGUACAGAUAUUGGAAGAGUGCCUAGUCAAUAUAAGAUUCCCGAAGCUGAUUAUGAAGUUUACGUGAAUAACAGUGAUUCUUUUGAAACUCAAAAUACAGUUUUAGAGACUUUUGCAAGACGUUUGCCUAUUACAAAUCUAACAGUGAGUGGAGGGGUUAGGUUUUGUGAAAAAUGUAAGAUUGUGAAACCUGACAGAGCUCAUCACUGUUCUGUGUGUGGUGUCUGUGUUUUGAAAAUGGACCAUCACUGCCCCUGGAUUAAUAAUUGUGUAUCAUUCACCAACUACAAAUUUUUUGUGUUAUUCCUAGGAUAUGCACUUUUAUACUGUGUCUAUGUGUCCCUAACAUCACUAGAGUAUUUUAUUGCAUUUUGGAAGGGUGACCUGCAGGGAAUGGGCAGAUUCCAUAUUUUGUUUCUAUUCUUUGUUGCUGUGAUGUUUGGUGUUAGUUUGUUGUCACUGUUUUGUUACCAUUGUUACUUAGUUUGUGAAAAUAGAACAACACUGGAAGCAUUUCGCCCGCCCAAUUUCCGAGAUAUCGGAACCGAUAAAUAUGGUUUCCACGUAGGGAGAUACAGGAACUUCCAGGAAGUGUUUGGAGAAGAUCCAAAAACAUGGUUCCUUCCUAUCAAAACAAGUUUGGGUGACGGUGUAGAGUAUCCUGUACAUUCACGCCACCAGCAGAGUACUUAUCAUUCUAUGGACAACACCCAGAACAGGGAACAAGGUGAACUUGGUGGAAUCACUGAACCAUUUGUCUAAUUAGGUAGGAUUUACGUUCACAAUUGUUGAUAAAUCAUAAUCAACUCAUCAUUGAAUAACUUUAAAUAUCUUUUGUUGAACUAUUUUGUAUCCAAAUUCUAUGUUUGUAAAUAUUGUUUUGACAUAUGUAUAUAAUUACAUUCAACUUCAACUUCGAGCAACCCUGUAACUUAGAAUCGAAUUCAAUUGAAAAUGUUUUUAGCUGUGUUUUCUAAAAAACACUAUUUUAUAGCAUGUCCAAGAAAAUAUAUUUUUAGAUAUACUUAAUAAUGAAAUAAUGAUAUCCAUAAAAUGAAUACGCACUUCACAGACCUCAAACGGAUCAAAUAACCUUGAAAAUAUAAUUUCCUGUCCAUGAAAGCAUUUGCUUUUGAAUGUACAAGGGCUGCUCAAAAAGUAGGUAAUUAUAAAAACUACCUGCAGAAAAAAAAUAUCUAUUUAAUCUCAUGUUUUUUCACAUCGGUUCUCCCUCUUUUUUUUUAUACAGUUUUCUCAUCGUCUAUAUACUACUUUUCCAACAGAUCAUAACUUUUGAGCUUGUUACAGACAGCUUCCACAGCUUGUUGACCUCGAGAAUAAUAAUAAUAUAUCGUGAUCAUCUGAGAACAGCAUAUUGAUACCAGAAGCCUUAUGUUGGCAAUAGUCCCUUCAUCCUCCUUCUACCACUUGUAGAAGGUUCUACCACCCUUCACCAGAUAUGUUUUUCUGGACCAUUAACAUUACUUUUUGAACAGCCGUCUAAUAUAUUUGAAAUUUGGGACGUAAUAUAUAAUCUCUCAGCAGUUUGUUUUGAAACAAUUCUAAACAAAAAUGGUACAGGUGUGUUCGAAGUUCAAGACUUGAUGCUUAUAUAUGGCGUUAUGAGCGAUGACAAGGUGAUUUUUUAACAUGUAUGAAGAUGUAAACAGUAAACAGGUUGUCUGAAAAUGUCAGAAAAAGGAAAGUACUUUGAAACCAAUGCUAAUUUUUUAUUUGCCCUAAACUAAGAAGCAAUCAAUUCUCAGUGAAAUAGAGUAUUAUUAAUAAAAAAAUCAUUAGUUUCCCCAAAUGGCAAAAUACUUAUUUGCAUUGUUUUCAAUAUUAUAGUAUAUUUGAGUUUGCAGUUCAACUAUCAUUGCGGUUUGUAUAUUGAACGAGAUGAUGUUUAAAAUUUAGGUCAGGUCUAAAUAUUUAGGAACCAGUCUUAAAAAGAAAUGUAUCCAAGUUGUCAUUUUUGAGUGAGCACACGGUACAUUGAUAAAAGUUUCGUUCUUGCUCAUCAGAAUAUUUGCAAAGUGAUUUCUGAAAGUUACACCAGGAAUCUAGUGUGAACAUAGCAAAAAGGUGACUUUUAACCUUGGAGAGGAGCAAAAUAGACAGACUAGCUUCAGGUUUUUCAUAACUAGAGUUUCGAUUCACUUCAGUCUGGUACGGUUUCCAAUGGCAUCUCGAUUUAUAAUUGUUUUGCAGUAGCCCACUUAAAGGGUAACCAACUAACUCCUUCAUCAAUCCAUCGUCUUCCUCAUCUCUUUCGAUUCUCCCAGAACCCUUCGGCAUCCAUAACGUUACGUAUUGUUCGUGGUCCGAUGUUAGUCUAUAAUUACUUGUAUGUGACUUCACAACUUUUAAUGUCGCUUGGGUAGACUUCCACACUAUGAGUAACUCUUUUAAAGCAUUCUUGAGCAUAGAGCAUAAUGUUCUUAUAUUCAAUAAAAACUGAAAUAUGUCAGGAAGCUUUUUUAUAAAAAAGGUGGGGAUGUCUUUUUUCGUAGAAUUGGCCGUUCUGAAAAAUUGUAGACUAAUCUAAAAUGAAUAUUUAGUGAUAAUAUAUAUAGAUAGUAGAUCUUAGCUGAUUAGAUAGAUAUUAUCAUAGUAGUAAUGUCUGUUAUAUGAUACAACAAUCUGAAUACUCCCGAAACUUUGAAAACUAUGAUAAAAUGAGAUAACUAUUUUUAUCAUAAAAUUCUUCACCGAAAAGGUUUCAUGCUUUUUUUUUGAAAAACCAACAAUUCCACAGAACUCAUCAACAUGUUGUCAAUUUAA